CUUUCAUGAAUCGUUUCCAAGUCUAUGCUCAUCGUUGUCAAAUACUUGAGAACAUCCAGAAGCAUACGGAAAAGAGUAUAGGGCUAAUAUUGGACAUUAUAAAGGAAGAUAAAGGGGCAGUAGAAGACGACGAUUUUGAUCUUUUGCACAAGAUACUAAAGCAUAUACGUUCAUGUGAGCAUCAACAGUGUGCCCCUAAGCAGCUUGCUCAGGAAAUUCGAUCGUUUGUUCUAUCACAACUUAGAUAUUAUAAAAAGCCCAAUUACCCACUAUUAGUGUGCCUACUUGAUUUGGUAAAGAACAACUCAUUAGAUGACACAGGAUGGCUCAUUGGCUUAGGCUGUACUCUGUGGUACGAGAAUUCGAUAUAUAUAGUAAGGAAGGCCAUGGAACUCUGUCUACGCGCGCAAGAAAAAAUAGAUAAAGCAGAAUCAACACUCUUUACAAAUGUAAUCCAGUAUAUAUCAAGCUGUCAACAACAUAUUACUGCCCAAGAUAUUACCCGCUUUCGAUCAUACGAAUACACAGAGUUCUUUUAUACUGAAGUAAAUCGAGUGAUGACAUGUGAUAGAGAAUGCUUCAGAUUGCUAGCUCAGAUAGUUCUAUCGCUUCUAUCCAAGCUAUCGAGUGGAGAAAUGAUUAUGCAAUUAGCAGACAAAGUGCAAGAGAUUUACCACCUAAGCUCAUCCGAAUUCUUGCCUAUUCUAUUUGACAUAUGCUGUACCAAUGACGACAGUACCACACAGUUACUUAAUACAGUUCUUUUACUCUUCCAAGAGCAUCCUUCUUCAGCAGAAGUUAUCUUUGAACCGAUCAAUAUAAAUCCCCAUAUACUGUUUAUAUUUUUCAUCCACCGCUGUGGAAAUUCUCAUGACAUCUUGGUUGACCUACUACUAGAGAACGAUUCUGGUUUCUUAUCCUACUUUUACCAUUAUGUUGUGUACACUCAAAAAGAUAUAGAAGCAUUCAAGUUGGCGCUCACAGAUGAGACUGAUAUAUAUACCAUACAGGCCAUUUUGGCCAACACAAUACGCGUACUUGAAGGUGGUGGAUUUCCUUACAACACAAGGCCACUGGUCAAGAGAUUGAAUAGACUUGAAGAACAAUUGGCACUGUAAAAACCGGGAAUACGUGUUUAUAAAUAAAUAAAAACAAGCAAGAUUUUAUAAUACUCCACAGUUGGCUUAUUUUGAGCAGUGAAAGUUUUCUCAAGUGAAUACGCUUUUAGCCAUGAUAGAUAUACGUGAAGCUUUGCGCAUUAUCUUCACAAAGCAAUAAAAUGCUGAUCUAUGCCAAUUUAAUGACG